AAAAGUCGCAGAAUGAACGCAAAAAUGUGCCGAAUGCCGUUGGGUAACUGCAAAACGCUGACUUUAUGGCUGGCGUGCGCGCUGCUACUGUUACAGCCGACGCAACAGAGUCCGCUGAAGCCGCUAGCAGUCGAUGAUACAAAUAGUACGGAGUCAUUAUAUUAUACCGCUGGCGUUGUGGAGUUUCGACCAUCUAGAAAUGCAUCAGAUGUUGCUUUGGCAGACAAUCUCGCCGGUUAUUUGGAAAUAAUAAGCUCGGAAGCUGCUGAACCCACAGAUAUUAUUGUUUUCCCCGAGAGCACACUAAAUGGUGGUGAUACCGCCACAUAUGUACCCGAGCCUGAAAGCGCCACGACACCUUGCUUGCUGGGCAACACUAGCGACUAUUCCGAUUUUCUGGUGCAGAUAUCGUGUGCUGCGCGCGCGGCGCGUAAAUACAUUGUUAUUAAUUUGACCGAGCGCUCACAGUGUGUCGUUUCCGCAGCCGAUCCGCGUCCAUGUGCACCGAACGGUCUAAAUAUCUUCAAUACUAACGUUGUGUUCGAUCGUGAGGGCAAGGUAAUUUCGCGUUAUCGCAAAUGGAAUCUAUAUGGCGAGCCGAAGAAUACCACCUAUAGUGCGGACUUGAGCUCCUUUGACACCGAUUUCGGUGUAGUAUUUGGGCACUUCGUGUGUUUUGAUAUAUUGUUUUACGAGCCCGCACAGCGGUUGGUUAGUAUGGGUUUUACGGAUGUGAUCUUUACGUCGAUGUGGUUCUCGCAGAUACCAUUUUUGACGGGUGUUCAAUUCCAAGAGUCAUGGGCUUACUCAAACGAUGUUAAUGUGCUCGCUGCUGGCUCUAGUCUUCCCGCCGUUGGCUCAACUGGUUCAGGCAUCUAUGCUGGACGCGCUGGUCCUAUACUUUCCGUAAUGAAUACCGGUGAAGGCGAACGUCGCAUAUAUGUCGCUAGAGUACCAAAGAAGACGCAAAACAAGCGCAGUGUACCGGUUGCGACAAAACUAACUGAGACUGUGGUGAAACCGAAAGCAACUCAGCGUCUAAACCAAGCUGAUAUUACAUUGAAACGUGACUAUUUGGAGAAUUAUGAGAGCAUUUUGCUUGAUUUGACAAACGCUAGUAGUCGUGCUGAGUACGAUGUGUGCCAUAAAACCUUCUGCUGUCACUUUGAGCUGCAAUGGCACCAACUGACCACUGGUAGUGGAGGUCAAUACUACACCUACCGUUUAGGUGCCUACGAAGGUAUGCGUAAUGAGGCGGGCGCUUAUACUACGAAUGCGAUACGCAAUUGUGCCGUAUUUACAUGUAUCGGUGAAGAUAUAUACGAUUGUGGACGCAUCUUCCCCGCCGAUGUCGUACAGCAGCCGCAAGUCGCUUUCGAUCGCAUUUCUAUUGAGUCCAACUACCAGACGGCCUAUCCAUAUUUGCUGAUGCCGAACAGUUUGCGUGAUGAUCUCAAGCCUUUGGCGGUGAAUGAAUUUGUGUUCGAGCAGUACGAUCUAUUGGUUGACACGGAAGUAAUGCGUCAUGCGCGUUAUACUUUGAACACAACAACGGACAAUCUAUUGGCUUUCUCCAUCUAUGGUAACUUUUUCGAUGGGGAAGGUUUCAUUAAUGACACCACGAGCUCACCUCCAACGGAAAGUACGACGACUGUUGAUCCAAGUGAUGGCGGUGGCGCUGCGGUCUUACUACAGCCAAUCAUUUUGAUUGGGGCAUUGGCCGUUUUGCUAGGACUAGUUGCAUGAGUAGACAA